GAAUAGAUAGCAAAUGUCAACAAUCUCAUCUCCUUCUUUUGGAAAACCGACACUUGUCAUCGUCUCCUAACGCUUCUAGAGAUUUCUCCCAUAAUUCAUCUCUCCCUCUCUCUGAUCCUUAGCUGGAAGAAUUUGUCACCAAUAGGUCUACACACUUUGAUGGUUCAUUGAAGAAAAAAAUGAGUUCUUUCUGUGGACCCAUCAUUCUACUCAAGCAUUUCUCAUUAUCAGGAUCUUACCACCGCGGCAGCUCUUCAUCGGCAACCUUCCUUAAAGAUUAUGCUACCUGGCAGUUCAAUGCCUUCCUCUGGAUAUCUCUCAUUUCUGUCACUUUCCUUCUGCUCAGGAAACUUUAUAACCUGCUACGUCUAUUGGUUAAGGGCAGUCUAAUCCCUGGUCCAUCCUUCUAUGGACAUUCCAAGUUCAUGUCUGGAGUAAAUCUUACUGAGGUAGUCUCAACGUUGCAUGAUAAAUAUGGAUCGGUUGUGAAGCUGUGGUUAGGACCUACACAGCUUUUGGUCUCCAUAAUAGAUACAGAACUUAUUAAAGAGGUGCUAGUAAAGGCAGAGGAUACAAUUCCUUUAACAGGAAGGGUAUAUCACUUGGCCUUUGAGCGAUCCAGCCUUUUUGUUUCGGCUUUUGGCAAGGUCUAUUCAGAGAUAGUUAAUGUUUGGACAAAUGUGAGGGAACCAAUGCGAAAGAGGAUUUCAAAUGUGCUCUUUAUGUUGGCAACUCUAUAUGAAUCUGGCCGUCUUCUUCCAGCUGGGCCCUUUCUACAAAGAUGUGCUCUUAAACAUGAUAUAAAACUCAAAACGGGAGUGACAAUUCCUGCAGGAGCUAUACUCAUGGUGCCAGUGCAGUUGUUGCAAACUGAUAGCUCCAGUUGGGGAGCUGAUGCUUGUUUGUUUAAUCCUGAUCAUUUUUUUUCUAAGGCUGGAAAACCUUCUCAUCCGAUUAAUAUGACAACAACGUUUCCAGGUCUUACACUUGUCCAUUCCAGUUAGGUGUUUUGUGAUUUUUUUUAUCUGUUAGGAACAAUUUAUUAUCAUUCAUCAAUAAAAAUGUCUUAAUGGGUUUUUUCAUAAAAAAACAAAAAAACACUUGACCAUUCCCAUGUGCUCUUAACCAAAUUCUAUGUCAUGUCGAUAACCAAAUGCCAUGUCAUGCGUCACAUCAUCUUCUGUACAUUUCUACAAGAAAAUAUCCAAGUUUUGUUAGUGGUUUCAUUUGUUUGUUAUUUUUAGGUUAGGACAGAAUGUUUCAUCUUCAAGGAUUCUUCACCAAUAUCAAUAGAUGAUUCAGAUCACUUUAGCAGUAUUUUCUUACUUUUUUGGAGAAGUUAGAUAUUUUUGGGCUCCUUAGAUUCUGACUAUUAUACAAUUCCAACAUUUUGUGAAAUUAACAGUCAUAUAUGCUAACCUGACAGGAAUUUCAGAUGAUGUUGAGAGUGAGUUCUCAUAUACUUUAUAUGACCCAAAUGAAAAUGUGGCAUUUCUACCAUUUGGAUAUGGUACACGAGCCUGUCUUGGUCAGAAAAUAGCCAUCUUUGAAGUUGCUACUUUAUUUGCAUCAUAUGAGGUAAGACUUAUGUUCGGUUUGGAGGAUGACUCAUUGUCAGCCAAGUCCGAUUGUCUUCAUGAGGUUCUUCCCAAUCCAAAGAUAGAUGUUGUGCCGAGGAACAAUUAACCGAAAUAUGUGAGAAAGCAAAAGCUUUCUUUGUGUGUACACUAUAGUAUAUACCUUUACUUUUUUUCUUUUUCUUUUUUAUGACGAGGGUAUCCGGGUUAGCUUGCACACGCCUUGACUAACCCCCAAGGAAGGCUUGUAUAUACCGGUACCUUUUGUCAUGUGGGGAUUGGUUUGGUUUAAGGGUAAUUAGUAGUUUUAGGGUUUUGUUUUUUCGGGUUGAAAUAUGGAGCACAUGAGCUUCCCACACAACAUCUCGAGUUCUUUUCCAUACGCAAUUUGCUUGGUUUUGAAGCGCUUGCUAAUAUUUGCUCGAGCCUUGUGGGUUUUGUACAUGUGGUCUCAUCUUCUGGCUGGUGUACUAUUAAAGAUUUUGCUUUUCCUUUCAAUAAAUAUGAAAUAAUGGAAAAUAAUGUUUUAUGUUG